AUGGACUCCCCAUCACUACAAGUUAAUGAGAUCAAUGUGAUCACCCUCAAUUGUUGGGGUCUCAAGUUUAUCUCUACCCUACGGAAUGAACGUCUUACGGAAAUUGGGCAAGCCAUUGGCUCUGCAAAUCCUACACCCCAUAUAGUUGGUCUCCAGGAGUGUUGGACACAGGAAGAUUACAAGAGCAUACGAAAGGAAACGAAACAUAUUUUGCCUUAUGGAAAGUUUUAUCACAGUGGCAUAUUUGGAGGGGGGUUGGCAAUUUUGUCCAAAUGGCCAAUCGAAGAGAGCUCGAUGUUCAGGUAUCCUCUCAAUGGCCGGCCUACGGCAUUUUUCAGAGGCGAUUGGUUUGUUGGGAAGGGUGUUGCUGGUGCCAGAAUACGAUUUGGGCAAGGGCCGAAAGAUAUUGUCGAGCUCCACGCACCAUACGAAACAGAACCAAACGAUUCUUAUAUCUGCCACCGAACAGCACAAGCAUGGGAAAUAGCGAAACUUAUGAGAGGUGCCGCAGAGCGUGGCCAUUUAGUUCUUGGCCUAGGAGAUUUCAAUAUGAUACCAUUAUCCCUCGCCCAUCGACUUAUCAGCACACAUUCGCCUGCUCGAGAUGUCUGGAUGGUCUUGCAUCCUGACUGUUCUAUCGGUGCGGCGAUUGAUGAAGUUGAAAAGGCUCGAAGACGUCCAAUACCCACUGCUGAAUUCAAUCUAUCGGAAAACGGUGCGACUUGCGAUAGCGUAUUAAAUACUUGGCGUUGGAGUAAGGGAGAACAAAAACGUCUUGGUCCAAAUCGUCCCGAGAUUGAGAUUGCAGGUGAUACCCCUGAUCCUCGUGCGAAACGACUAGACUAUAUUUUCGCCAACACAUGUUUCGAUGAAAACAAUCCAUCAGCAGGAGGAUGGAUAGUAAAAGAUGCACGUGUUGGUAUGUUGCAACGGCAUUCAAAACAUCAAUGCUCUUUAAGUGAUCAUUUCUCCGUCGAAGCAACAUUGGUACAUACAAAAUAUGCAUCACCAACCGAACAAACAAUACAAAACAAAUCCGCCGUUUCUAAUGGUGUCUACCUCCAAACCGCCCCCUCGGAAUCUCAUCUCCUCAGCGCUCAUACACAACUCAAAACUUCUUCAUCACCACCCUACCUGCCCAUCUCAACAUAUGAUGAAAUCAUCGCCAUGAUUCAUACCUACCGACUUCGAGAACGUCGUCAAAGACGUCUUCGUUUAGGUCAUUUCGUCGCUUCGGUAUUCAUAAGUAUAGGUUGUUUUGUAGCUGUUUGGUGGAGUCCUCGAAAUUUCGUUGCCUUUAUACUUAUGCUAUUGAGUAGUUUGGGACUUGGAGCGGGCGUUAUUGAUGGUUUAAUUGGAGGACUUUUUGUAGGGAGUGAGAUUAGAGCACUUAAGGAGUUUGAAUGGGAAAUUAGUAAUGCAAGAGCGGCGGCUAAUGGGGAACCCCUCGAUCUCGCUGAGGAGGGUAUUCAGGAUUGGUUACCGUCUCCGACGGAUGCGGAGCGUCUGGUUGGGAUGGAGAUGGAAUUGGAACUUGAAAGACAUGCGGAAGAGACAAGAGAGAUGGAGAGAAGGGAGAGAGAGGAGAGGAGAAUAGAAGUGAAUGAGAUGGAUCGCGCUCGGAGGGAAGCGGAAAGCAGAAUGAUGGGGUGGAAUCUGGGGGUGGGGAUGGCAUAUAGGCAUGGAGAAACUAUUGGAAACAACAUAGAGCCAGUGAAUAUAGACCAUCUUUUGAGAGAAAGGACCCUGCAGGCUGAAAGAGGAAGACUUGGUCAAGGAGAACGUGCCGUGUGGCAGGAGAAUGGGGAGACUAGGUACCAAGAAAUGGCUCGCCAACAGAAUCCAUUAAGUCGUAGACGAGAAGAGAACAGGAGAUUGGGAACUGCGGGCUUUUCAUCAAUGGAAAUUGGUAGCCAAGAGGCAGAAGAAGAAACCCGUGGCGGUGGAGGCGGAAAGAAGCUUUUGCCCGAGAGACAGGAGACUGAAGAGGAACGAACAGAACGGCUCCGAUUAAAUGAAAAGUCAAGAUAA